CUUUGUUUUAACGGACACAAUUCCAGUAACCGCGGAUGUUAAUUGGUUUUUGGUUUGAGUUUGUGCGUAAUUGAUUGGGUUGCCUAGUUCUAGUUUCGGUUAUCGGGUUGUACUGAUCUCACUCGUGUUAUUUCUGUUUGCUUUCCAUUGCUUUCCCUAUUAGAUCCCUCCUCAAUCACACUACGUUGUAUGUUCCCCUAAUACACAAAGUACCUUUUGGCUAGACGCGAACCGUUACAUUUUUACUUCUUGCUACUCAUGCAAGCCAUUAAAUGUGUAGUUGUCGGUGAUGGUGCUGUUGGAAAAACCUGUCUACUCAUCAGCUACACGACAAAUGCUUUCCCCGGUGAGUACGUCCCAACCGUUUUCGAUAACUACUCUGCCAACGUAAUGGUUGACCGGAAACCUGUGAACCUUGGUUUGUGGGAUACAGCCGGUCAGGAGGAUUACGAUAGACUUAGACCACUCUCGUAUCCACAAACUGAUGUGUUCUUGGUGUGCUUCUCCUUGGUCAGUCGCACAUCAUUCGAGAAUGUUCGUAGUAAAUGGCAUCCGGAGAUAUCCGCUUAUGUUCCUAGAGCUCCCAUUAUUCUUGUCGGAACAAAACGGGACCUACGUGAUAGUCCUAACGGGUUAAAAUCCACAACGUUUCCAGUAACAUAUGCAGAGGGUUGCAGAAUGGCAAGAGAAAUUAAAGCUGUGAAGUAUCUGGAAUGCUCUGCUUUAACUCAGUUCGGAUUAAAAGAUGUCUUUGACGAAGCUAUUCGAGCAGUACUCAUGCCUGAAGGAAAGAAAAAGAAACAUAGUUCAUGUGAAUUAGUUUAAUAUUGGGAUAAUAUUGCUCCAGUUGUUGUUGUGGAUGCUUCCAUAGAGUAAACAUGCAAGUGGGCGAGACUGUGUGUUUGUGAGCUUAUUAUCCUGUAUAAUUAAUUUAUUUUCACACUUACUUGUUAUCGAUCGACUGACUGGUCGCCACAAUCACCAACACGAUCCUAUGCAAGUGUGUGUGCUUGUAGGUCGUCGUGUUUGUGGUGACACAACCAUCUUUUCUAAUUAUCCGGUUGAUAUUUACUAUUCACAAUUACACACAUACACACAAACAGACAAUAGAAUCUCUUAUAAUUUCGACUGUUCACUCCGUUUUCCUUUGUUUUGAAUCUCAGUCCUGAUUUUUCGCUUGUUUUAAUUUUUGUGUUCACACAUGAAUGACCGUGCAUAUUCUUCACAUUAAUUUACCAGUGUAGGAAAGCUGACUUAUGUAAUAUAUGUUAAUAUUUGUAUUUGAGUCGUUUUUUCUCAUUCAGAUCUAUGAGUAUUGUUCUUGUGAUCCGAAUCGUACACACAGACGUAGUCAUUGUGCUUCCCUCUUUAGUCAAUUUCGUGCCUCUCUUUGUUUUCUUACUUGGUGUUGCCUGAUUUUUCUCUCAAAAUUGCGUCUAAGAGAACCGUUGCCACUGCCUCCAUCCCCCUUAUGCUAACUAUUCAUACAUGAUCUCUUUUGGUUAUAUUCGAGUUGUUCUUUUCUCUUGUGAUUAUUGUCAUAUUAUGAAACAUAAAAAUGCAAUGUAAUUCGAUUCAAGACAACUACAAACCAGUAUUUUGUACGCACCCGAUUCGUUGUUAAUGGUGUUUUACAUCACACAAUUCAUUUGUUCCAACCAGUGUAGAGUGAAUUUUCGAAAGAAACUUUUAAUUAGUGGAUGGCAUGGUCAAUUUAUAUUACCCUAUGUCAGUCUAACAAAUACCUGUAAGCCUGGUCUGUCUUUGUUAUCUGUUUCACACUCAACCUUUGUUUUCAUCUGACAUCCUCUUCUGUAAUUUUGCGACUGUGAGAUGCAUCGUUUCUUUCUUAAUUUUGUAUGUUGAAUGCGCCACUUUGAAGAAAUUAAAACAAUAAGACAGACUAUCUUAUCUAAUUAUCAAUUAAUCAUGAUCAUAUUCUCUGUUGAUACUGAUACAUGACAACUUAUGCAUCACUGAACUGAUUAAUUUAUCUGCAUUCAUUACAUAUUAGUUCUUGAUGAUCAUUACUUGUUGUUUCACGACUGCAUUAUAAAAGAUGCAUAUGGAACAAAUGAUAACCAGGAGAGUGUAGGAUUUUAUUAUGUAUAUAUAUAUGCAUAUUUCUGUAUUUAUCUCUACUAAUCAAAUCAUUUGUUUGUUUUCAAAUUGUGUCUGUGUGUGAAAAGUAUAAAAGUGCAGAAUGCUUUUUGGUAUAUUUUAUGUUUUCUUUCUUUGUUUCCUAAAAAGGUAAACUGAUAUUUGUGAUUUUUCUUGUUGUACUCGUUGAAUAUUUUGAAUGGAUUGUUUUUAUUAUCAUUAUUUGCAUAUUCAAUUAUUUGACUGACUUUUUAAUAUAAUUUUCACUGCUUGCUUUCUAUUUCCAGUUCAAUAUAUUAUAAAUGAAUGGUGGAACAAUUGUGGCAUAAUGGUAAAUGUGUUCGGUUGUUAAUUUCUAUCUCGUACCCUACUUCAUCUAUUUUGAGUUGGGUGAUCCAACAGUACGAUUAGUCCUCACACUCCUAGUAUGAGUCAUACUCAUGUGCCCUGUAAAUACGUUAAUUAGAAAGCCUUAAGAGCGCAUAAUUUAUCAAUAGGAGUAAAACUGCUGACCCGACUUACGUGAGUUAGAAAAAAUCCAUAUCCAGCCUUGCUGAGGCACCAAUAUUCAAUGGAAUCAUUAAGAGUUAUAUUGAGCUCUGUUGGUAAAUAUACACUAGGAGAUUAGGAUAGUUAGUAGUUGUCGACGUUGGAUGACCAGGCUUAAAUUGGAUCACAACAGUCCCCAUGCCCUCUUUCCUUGUUUUAGCUCAGAUCUUAGGUGACUGCAUACCGUUUAUUCUGCUAAGUUAACCCCUAAACAUGUCCUCCAUGCCUUAUUCUUAUUUUUGUCAUCACUACUUUUUUAUUACCGUGUUAUUCGUCUUGUUAAUUCCACCCAUCUGUUCGUGUAUUGUCAGUUUCCUAAGUCAGAUAACUUGUUUGCACAUUUCGUUUCAUAAAGUAUUGAUCAUUACUUCUAAUUACUUACGCCUGUUACUCCCAAUGAAGCAUAGGCCGCCGACCGGUAUUCUCCAACCCACUCUGUCCUGGGCCUUCCUCUCCAGUUCCAUCCAAUUCUUGUUCAUUUUUCUCAUGUCUAUUUCCAUUUCUCGACGUAAUGUGUUCUUUGAUCUUCCUCUUUUCAUUUGGCCUCGAGGAGUCUAUGUGAGGGCUUGUCUUGUGACGC